AUGGAGGAAGGAUCCACUGAGGAUUUUCUCUUCAAAGACCAGGACUUCUCCUCCGAACUGCUGAGGCAGCUGAAUGCUCUGCGGCAGAGUGGGAUGCUGACUGAUAUCACCCUCUGCUCCGGGGGCUUCGAAAUCCCCUGCCACCGAAACGUGCUGGCUUCCAGCAGUCCAUACUUCAAGGCAAUGUUCUGUAGUGACUUCAGAGAGAGUCGCCAGGCGAAAGUCAUCCUAAAGGGCAUCGAUGCUGAGAUUUUGGAUCAGAUUAUCCUUUACAUUUACACAGGGGAGAUUCUUAUAUCUGCUGAGAAUGUCCUGUGCCUGUUGGAGACAGCCUCCAUGCUGCAGUAUGCUAAGCUAGUUGAGGCCUGCUCUGCCUUCCUCCAAGACAAGCUGACUCCUGACAACUGUCUGAGCAUGAUCAGACUGGGAAAAGUAUUGAACUGCCAGAGCCUGAAUAAGAAAGCCAAGGCUAUGGCUUUGAAAUGCUUUCCUGAGGUAGCCUCUUCUGAGGAUCUAAAAGACCUUUGUCCCUUGGAGCUUAUUGAUUACCUUGGGGACGAUGAGCUCUGUGGGGAGGAGGAGCAGGUCUUUGAGACACUGAUGGUCUGGAUUCGGCAUGACCUCCAGGCAAGACAAGGCUACAUCCAAGAGCUGUUCAAGAAGGUCCGGCUUCAGUACGUCCAUCCAACUUUCCUCUUCCACUUCAUCGCCAAUGACUCCCUCGUUCAGUCCUCGCCCACUUGCAGGAGCAUCAUUGAGUCAGCCUGGAGACAUAUGUUUUCCUUGUACAGCACCAACACACCUGACAUCAAGCCCAUGCUGCAUGUUCCUCGCAGGUACUCCAACCAAGAGUUUCUCAUCAUUAUUGGUGGCAGGAAGGAUAGCCAGCAGACGACGAGGGACGUCCUGCUCUAUGAUGACAAGACAAACCAAUGGCUAAGCCUGGCCAAACUUCCCAUGCGCCUGUACAAAGCCUCUGCAGUGAGCUUACAUAGCAAUAUUUAUGUGCUGGGAGGGAUGCCUGUUAGCAAUAACAAAAGACCCGUCAGUGAUAAUAUCUACAUUUAUUCCCUCAAACUUAAUCAGUGGAGGUUGGCUGAGCACAUGGUAGUUCCACGUUACUCCCACCGAAGCUUGGCAUAUAAAAAUUAUAUUUUGUCAUUUGGUGGAAUUGGCGAAAACCAGGAAAUCCUGAACUCUGUGGAAAGAUACGAUAGCAUCUACAACACCUGUGAGAGCAUGGCAAACAUGCCUGUUGCUGUCCUUCACCCUGCUGUUGCUGCCAAAGAUCAGAGGGUCUACCUCUUUGGGGGAGAAGACAUUAUGCAAAACCCUGUCCGGCUAAUCCAGGUUUACCAUGUCUCCAGGAAUAUGUGGUUUCGGAUGGAGACCAGAGUGGUGAAGAAUGUCUGUGCACCAGCUGUCGUGAUUGGAGACCAGAUUAUCAUCGUAGGUGGGUACACCCGAAGAAUAAUUGCUUAUGAUACAAAAGGCAACAGGUUUGUUAAAUGUGCAGACAUGAAGGACAGACGAAUGCAUCACGGGGCCACUGUCAUCAAGAACAAGCUGUAUGUCACAGGAGGACGAUGUCUUACUGUGGACAAUGUCAUUGAGGACUUGGAUUCCUUGGACUGCUAUGAUCCAGAGACUGACACAUGGACACCAAAGGGAAAACUGCCACACAAACUCUUUGACCAUGGGUGCCUUACACUCCAGUGUGUCCCCUGUUCUAACCUUCUCUAA